CCGGCCCCGCACUUCCGGCCGUGUCGCCGCGGCGGUCGGUGUGGCUGCAGCGCUCGGCCCGGCCCGAUCCGCUCCGCUGCCGCCGAACCCUCGGUCCCCGCCCCUUCCCCUCCCCCCUCCCUCCCCCCUCCCCCGGCCCCGUCCCCAUCGCAUGCAACGCCGCGACGAUUCCUCCGGCCGCAUGGGCCGGGGGCCGGGGCCCGGCGGUGCCCGGCAAGGAGCGUCUCAGCAGCGGCGGCCGCCCCGGGGCGGGGGGGGCCGCGGGUCCGGCGGGGGAGCGCAGCCGCCGCCGCCGCUUCUGACGUCCAACGCCUCGGGCGCUGCCUCGGGCGCUCAGGGCUCCGGGGCUUCUCCGUCCCCGCUGCUGUCCGGAGGCGCCGCCAAGAUGGAGCCUGAGAACAAAUACCUGCCGGAGCUGAUGGCCGAGAAGGACAGCCUGGACCCGUCCUUCACACACGCCAUGCAGCUCCUCACCGCAGAAAUUGAAAAAAUUCAGAAGGGUGAAACAACAAAGAAGGAUGAGGAAGAGAACUACCUGGAUUUAUUUUCCCACAAGAAUAUGAAACUGAAAGAACGAGUUCUGAUACCUGUCAAACAGUACCCCAAGUUCAACUUUGUUGGAAAGAUUUUGGGACCUCAAGGCAACACCAUCAAAAGACUUCAGGAAGAAACUGGUGCUAAGAUAUCUGUGCUUGGGAAGGGUUCAAUGCGAGACAAAGCAAAGGAGGAAGAGCUGCGUAAAGGGGGAGAUCCUAAAUAUGCUCACCUAAAUAUGGAUUUGCACGUCUUCAUUGAAGUUUUUGGUCCCCCUUGUGAAGCAUAUGCUCUGAUGGCUCAUGCCAUGGAAGAAGUCAAAAAGUUCCUGGUUCCGGAUAUGAUGGAUGAUAUCUGUCAGGAGCAAUUCUUGGAACUCUCCUAUCUGAAUGGUGUCCCAGAGCCAGCCCGAGGCCGAGGAGUCCCCGUGAGGGGAAGGGGAGCAGCUCCACCACCUCCUCCACCCGUUCCAAGGGGCCGUGGUGUUGGUCCUCCCCCUCCUCCUCCUCCUCGGGGGGCCCUGGUGCGAGGAGCCCCGGUGCGCGGUGCCAUUGCCAGGGGAGCUGCUGUCACUCGGGGGGUUCCUCCUCCCCCAGCGGUCCGGGGGGCUCCUGCCCCCAGAGCACGUGCAGCUGGCAUUCAGAGGAUACCCCUUCCUCCUCCUCCUGCUCCGGAAACCUAUGAGGAAUAUGGCUACGAUGAUGCUUAUGCAGACCAGAGCUAUGAGGGGUAUGAAGGCUACUACAGCCAGGGCCAAGGGGACACAGAAUACUAUGAUUAUGGACACGGGGAUGCACAGGAGACCUAUGAAGCUUAUGGGCAAGAUGACUGGAAUGGAACCAGACCCUCCCUGAAAGCCCCUCCAGCCAGGCCAGUGAAGGGAGCCUACAGAGAGCACCCAUACGGACGUUACUGAGAAACAAACAUGAGGGAAAAAUAGCAGUUAUGAGCAAAACAGUUGUUACUGAUUCUUGUAUCUCCCGGGAUUCCCGUUGCUUUACCCACACCAGACAAGUAAUUGUCUAACUGUUUUUCUUCGUGGCCCUUUUUCUCCCACUCCAUCCUCACCCUGCAUUCUGGCUUCUGUACGUAGUAUUUUAAAAUGAGUUAAAUAGAUUUAGAGGACCGACUUUUUUUUUUUUUUUUCCUUUUUAAGUGUGUUAGAUGGCUUUUCUUUCUUUGUUGUUUAGGUAAAAAACAACUGUACCUUUUUUUAAUUAAAAAAAAAAAAAAAGAGUUAAAAAUGUUAGUUUCAAAAGUGACAUGCUUUGCUUAGCAGUUAUGAGAUUAAGGUUUUGUUAACCUUUUAAGUUUGGUUUUAAGGAACCCAUAAAAGUUGUAGUUGCAGAAUCCCAAAGUAGGCUACAUUUCAAAAUUCAGGGCUGUUUUUAAGAAUUAAAAUCAGAAUGUAACGGUAGUAGCUGCCACCGUUUAAAAGCAACCUCAGAUACCAAACUUUCCUUAAAAAGCAGAUUGCUGGUGAAUCUUAAGUUUAAAUUUUAAUACGAAGGAUCCUCAAACAAAUUUAAAUAGCAUUUUUAAAGCUAAUUGACUUAAAACAAAACAAAUUAGGUUUGUAAAAUUGAUUUUUCUUAUGUGGGUUUUGAAAUCUAGCCCCGAAAAUGUGUUGAGAGAUGCUUGGGAAGAAGAUGAUUUCCAGUGUAAAGGGGUUCUUAGUUUGGUUCUGUAUGAAGAACUUUUAAGGGAAAAACAAAUUCAAGCAUGGCUCGGAUUGCCCAGUGGUUGAUAUUAGAAGUAGGUCUGUAAAAUUAGUCUUAUUUUUUUUAUAGUGCUUGGGGCAGAUAACACAGUGCAAAUUUAAACUGGACAGAACUGUCAAUAUUAGCAAUCCCAUUGACUUGUUCAAGUGUAUCUCAGCACUAGCUUUGCAUAAAAAGGGACACUGCAGCUGAAAAAAUGAGGAAAAAAUUCACUUUGUACAUAGGAUAAAGUCCUAAUUGGAUUUGUACACUGUCCUCCCACUCUGUUCCUAAAUGCUACAUGUGUAAGUCUGCCUAAAUAGGUAGCUAAAACUUGUCAAAAUGUCUGCCGCAGUUUGUCAAUAAAGUUUAGUCCUUUUUUAAUCAAA